UCACAAGACACAAGAUUCAACACUAAUAAGACUUCCAAGAACCGACCUCUAAAUCAACGACCUGUUUUCACCGUUAUGGCAGACCUGACUUCUCUUCCCACAGAGAUUCUCCGAAACAUCAUGUCAUAUGUCGAUAAAGACAUACGCCAUCUCCUGAAUUGCACCCUUGCCACUCGCAAGCUCUCGGAAGUCGCUCAACCGCAACUGUACAAAAAUAUUUACCUGACUUAUCAUAAUCGCAAUAAAAAGGACAAUGCCAAGACUGCGCAAAGACAAGCUCGACUGUUACGUUCUCUUGCAGAAAAUCCAAAAUUGGGAGCUCUCGUUCGGACGUUCAAGACUCCACAAUCACCAAAAUACGAAAGACCACAGCAGCUCGCCUCGGAUGUCGACGAAUCAGUCUUCAUAAGCGCAGCAAAGAACAUGAUCAACCUAACCAAAGCCAAGUUGACUCCGAGUCCAAUUUCAGAUUACAUUCUCGCAAACCUACAAUCAUAUCCCCGUCUCACAGAUCUCGAGAUUUCAGGCUUCAAACCAGAAGAGCAUAUCUGGGCCUUGGCUCCAACCUCUUUGACGAGUCUGAAAUGGCAAGUCCCAUUUGAUUGGGAAGAUGACGCCCAUCCAUUCUCUACCGCAAAGUUCCUGUUGAAUGUAACAGAAGCCACAUGUCCCAACUUGCGAGCCCUAGACGUCACGGUUCGAGAUUCCGGCAAAUCAUUGGUAUUUUCGAAAGUUGAUGCCGGGGGAGCUCAAAUCUAUCACGCCCCUGCAUCUCCAAAGUCAGGCUUGCCUCAACUCCGUCAUUUCGGAUUCCACUAUCAAGAUAACCGCAGUCCAGUUACCACAAAAGAAUCCCUGCUCUCCGUCUUCAAAACAUACCACACAUCCUUGACAUCCGUCUCCGUACCAGUCGAUUGCGAAUACUACAACCGAACCACCCUCGAUUACCUUCUAAAAAUCGGCUCCAUCUUACCCUCACUCACCUCCCUCGCUCUCACCGAAGCUCAUUCAAUCUAUUUCCGGGGCCCGGAUCCCAAUGACAAGUUAUCCGGAUCAGAUUUCUACGAAGCCCUCACGUCAGGAUUCGUGGAACUUGGAAUCGAGCUAGAGAGAUUCUCGGCGCCGUGUAUAGGAACGCCGUUCUCAGAGAGGUUAGGGAGAGCAUUUGGUGCUUGGAAAAAUCUUCAUUUCCUACAAGUUGGAGAUAUCGCUAAUGGCCACGCUCCAUUCCAAGAGGGGGGCAGACUACUUGACUUUGCGAACUAUGCUCCUCAAAUCCUUGCAUUCAUCACGGCUCUCCCGCCAAAACUCCUGUCACUUUACAUAGAGAUCAACGGACGAGAGUUGACGAUAGAGGAUGACGAUGACUUUUCCUCCAUCGAUAGCCUCGGGCCUGAGGCGUUUAGCACCCUUCGACAUCUUCACCCUCUCGAUAUCCACGCUUGGAUCUACAACGCUGAUGGCGAUCUAAUUGACAUCCCUGAAAAAGGCAUGUUUUGGCGUCGUCUGCCAUCACGAGAAACCCCAUGCUCGAUAGAAGGAUGUACGACAAAACAAUUAUCGACCUCAAGAAUGGAUGCCAUCUACCAACACCGUGAUCUCGCUGUCUCGCACAGAGUUGAAGUGCUAGAAGCUAAGCCGGGAAAAUUGUUUGAAGGUAUAGAUGCGGAAGAAGCUUGGUGUGGUGGGUUGGUACGAAAGCCGCCAGCGAAGAGGAGGGGGACUCAAAGAGGGUGGCAGGGUGAGAAAGGGGUAGACUUUUCGUGGCCUUUUUAUGAGGGUAGAAUUUCUGCUUAUCCUAUGUUCAGGACUAGGUUCUGGAACUUGUGACGAUUGCAGGCUGGGAAACUGAAAUGGUAAUGC